AGGCAAGAAACAAAGACAAGAUAAAGAUGAAAACGUGUUCUUUAUUGACUCUCUCUUACCUUACCCAAAGACUAGCCCUUUUUACAUGUUUAUAUAAAAGACUCAGAUUAAGCUCUACCCACUACAUCACAGCAGGUUAAGCUCACCUGCUCUACCCACUACAUCACAAGCUCACCUGCUCUACCCACUACAUCACAUCCGACAGAGACAGGACGGACUUCUUCAUAUUCUCCAUUUGGGGUUUAUACGAAGUAUCAGUAUGGCCUUUAUAUGUUACAUAGCUCCAAAUUAUGAUUUUUUAUUAAAGAUUUAUGGUUCCCAAAACCUUAAAUCUGGCAUGAUGUUUGAUGUUGAUAGCUUUUGUGUUUUUUUUUUCUUUUGUUUUGUCUUGAAAAGGCUGAUGAAGUGUCUGAAGAGGUGAACACAUGGGUUGAGAAACAGACAAAUGGUCUCAUCACUGGUCUUCUUCCACCAAAGUCUGUAACUCAUUUGACUGAUUACAUAUUUGCUAACGCCUUGUUCUUCAACGGGAGAUGGGAUAAAGAGUUUGAUCCAUCUCUUACCAAAGACUCAGACUUCCACCUUCUUGAUGGAACCAAAGUACGUGUGCCCUUCAUGCCCGGUGACUUCUUCAGUUACCAUCUCGAUGUCUACCCAGGUUUCAAAGUCCUCAGCCUAUCUUACAGAAAAGGACGAUGUGACGGUCGUACGUUCUCGAUGCAAAUCUAUCUCCCUGAUGAAAAAGAUGGGUUGCCUGCAAUGCUGGAGAUGUUAGCUUCUACUCCUGAGGACGAGGACACUCCUAGCUACAGGGCAGAUAUUGGAGAACUCAAGAUUCCAAGGUUUAAAUUUGGUUAUCACUUUGAAGCCACGGAAGCUCUGAAAAGUUUGGGGUUGAGUCUACCAUUGGAGAGGAUCUUCCACAAGUCUUGCAUCCAGGUGGAUGAAGUGGGAACCGAAGCUGCAGCGGCUGCUGCUGAUGUGAGCGUCGGCGCUUGUGGUCCUGCGGAGAAGAAGUAUGACUUCGUGGCUGAUCAUCCUUUUCUCUUCCUUGUCAAAGAAUGGAGAAGUGGAGUGGUUCUGUUCCUCGGCCAAGUUCUCGAUCCUUCUAUGCAUUAACUUGAGUCUAAAGUAAUGCCUUUGAGACAAUGAAGGAUUUGUUGUUUCUUUCAUAUUAUUAUGUCAACU